AUGUCAUUGCCUAAUCUUUCCCUUCCAAGCGAGGCAAUGACAGCUGCUCAGCGAGCCCUCGGGAUCGCUGAGAUACUGGGCUCGGUUAUCUCUUUCAUUCCAAGAGAAUCUUUGGAAGCCGAAACGGACUUGAUAUCGUGCGCGCUGGUAAACAAAUUCUGGCGCGACGAGGUUCUUCCUGUGAUAUGGAGAGAUUGCUACCUGCAUACGAUGGAAAAAGUCUUGCUCAAGCUCAAACCGGAACGCCGCCAAUUCUUUGCAAACCUCAUUUUCCAUGGAACCACCGGUACGAUUUAUCACAAAUUGGAAGGUGGAAAGGAUGUAUGGGCAACUGGAGGUCCUCUGGACGGAAUCGUGUUCCCCAAAAUGGUAUCGUUGGAAAUUCUCCAUCGAGAAUUUGAAUACGGAGAGCGAUCGCUUCCAAGCUUGAACUGUCCUAAUCUCCAAGAGAUGAACUUUGGUGGCACCAUGCCGGAGUACUUCGAGUGUGAAGAUGGCAUGGGCGCCUCUGGAUGGGAGUCUAUCUUCUGGGAUCUUCCGACCAAAUUCCCCAGUCUACAAAGGUUGACGUUUGACUUCCGCCCGAAUGUCUUUCCUAACGCGAUUCAACGCUUGAAGAAACAUCACCCCAAUCUCCGUGACUCCCUUGAUGAACUCAAAGUCUUCGAAAUUACCCACUAUGAGCGAGAGACCAUGUCUGACGAUGCCUCUGGUUUUGACGAGCUACAGAGUCCCGACGAGGACGAGGACUUCGACUCGGAUGAGGAGAAUUAG